AUGAAUAAUAUAUUUAUUUUCAUCACAUUAUGUUUAGCUAAGACAUAAGAACAAUGGGAUAUUGUAUACCAAAGCUUUCAAGACCUAAACUCAAUGGAUGAAUCAGGCUGGACUGUAAGUAAUAAUUAUAAUGGAUUGCUUUUUACAACUUGCAAUGGUUCUAGAUUGUUUGGAGGAUUUAAUGCAUUUGGAUAUUCCACAAUAGUAUCUAAGCAUUUUUCCUUACCUCCUCAUUAUAAAAUAAAUUUUACUUUUGAAUUUUGGAAAAUUGAUUUUUGUUAAAUAGAUCAGGUCUAUUUUUUUUUAGAUUAUGAAGAAUACUGGACAAAUUACCCUCAACUUUGGUCAGACCCAAAAUAUUCUCAAUGGCUGAAUGACAGAAAUAAUUACUCUCAAUGGCUGAAUGACAGAAAUAAUUACUCUCAAUGGUAGGAAGAGUAUGAAUUAUGUAAAAGUAAAAGUGGAAGCGGUUGGUAUGAGGAAACUGAAAUUUUAACAGGUAUAUUUAAACAUGAUUCGGAAUCGUUAAUUUUUAUAAUUUAUUCAUACGUUAAGGGAGGAUGGGGGUUUAGAGAUUUUACAUUGUCAAUAGUAAGAUGUUCUUCUGGUUGUUUAUAUUGUUCAGACAAUGAUUAUAAUAAUUGUUAUUAAUGGGUUGGUAUUUUAUCACUGCGGCAUGAAUCAAUUGAUUUAGAUGGAUGGAUGUAAAAUGAUAAUAUCUAACCUGCAACAUCUAAAUGUUUAAAUUUUGAUCUUCUUGGAGGAUAACCUAAUUUAGCAUUAAAUGAUAGAUUAGAAAAAAUUAUACAAAAUUUGAGUCCUCAUUAUAAAAUUUAAAUAAAUUUCUAAAGUUGGUUAUUUAAUUAUCAUUGGGAUUAUAAUUUUUACUUUUAGCAAUUGGUAGAUGAUUAAAUUUAUUAUUAAACUAAAUUCCUAUUAGCAACUUUUGAUUUUCUUUGUGGACCCUAUAAUAAUUCAGGUUCUAUAUCUAAUAUUGCAGUUACUUAACCUCAUUCAUCAUCAUAAUGUAAUAUAUCUAUGAGAUUUACUGUAAGUGAUUCAAAUGGAUAUUGGGGAAUAAGGGCAUUCAAUAUAUAUCUUGCAAAAUGUUAAAAUGGUUGUGAUGAAUGUGUUGGUCCUUUAAAAACAGAAUUUACUGUUUGUUCAAGUGGAUUGGUGCUUUACAAUAAUAUAUGCACUAAUUCUCCCCCUAUGCUUUUAUCGCAAAUUUCAACUAGUUAAAUAAAAGAUUUAUAGUCAGAUGAUAGAAUUCCUAUUGAGAUUAAUCUAUUAGAGGUUGAUUAAUAAAUAAAUACUUAAGGAAAUUUUACACUUUCAGUUAAGAAUCAAUAUAAAUUCUUGACUAUUUAAGUUUAUGUAAGAUGCCAUCCAAAAACAAGGAUUAAUAGUUUAUUUUAAAGCAAUAAAUAUUAAGAUUCGUACUAAUAUUCAUUUUUUUUAAAUUGUUAGUAGGCUUUCAACACUGUAAAUUAUAAUCUUAAAUACGAAUAAAGGAUAAUUAAAGAAUAAGAAAUGAUAAUUAAUACAUCUGAUACACAAUGUGUAAUUUAUUAAGUAAUUAGAGUUAUUGAUGAAUUACCUUUAUUUGUCAAAAUUUUAGAAAUUAUAAUAGAAGAUUUUUGA